AACCCAAAUUAUUCAUUACAUUUAACACCUCCCCUGCCAUAGUACCAUACUACCAUUCCCUUCCGUCAAAGCUAUCAACCCAUUUCACAGUCACAUUCUGGACUGCCUGUCAUUGUGAAAUCAUGACCAACAAAUCCCCAAUCUUCCCCAUUCAUGAGCCUCAACACUUCAGUGACUAUGGCUUCGACCCUCAAAUCGACUACUUUCAGGUGUUGGAAGAAGCCAGGAAGCAUAAACGCGAAACCUACUCGUCCAGAUCCGCCAUUGACAAUGUGCAUUUCAAGCUUCAGAAACCCAUCUCCAAAGACGACACCAGCAAGAAGAUAAAAAAGACCCGUAAACGCUGGUGGUGGAAGAACGCCCUCCACUUCUUCAAACGCAAACGUACUUCCUCCUCCGACUCAUCUUACAACAAUCUCCACUGCGUCUACAGCGGCGGCGGCGGCGGAGGAGGAGGAGGAGUGCGUGCGGUGUCUGGACCGGUGUAUUUGACGGAUAGCAGAAACGGGUCUGCCACUCUUUACCACCGUACCUCCACCAGCCGGCCGUCGUCCGGACCACUCGCAUCUACACGAAAAGGUGAUAUCGAUAUACCCUACAUCAGUCUCACUGAACUCAACAUGGAUCAGACCCACAAGAUCUCCGGCUCCGCCAUGCCCAUUUACUUGGUCACUUAACGACUUAAAUUAUUCAAGUAUUCAAUUGCAUUUACUUUUUUUUACGCAUUAAAAGAAAUGAUGAAAGGUAGUAAAGAUUAGUUGGGAAAAAUGUGUUCCUUUCUGGGUUCAUUUAUCUCUUUUGCAGAGAUUCGCUUUACUGUUAAUCGAACCCAC